AUGGACAGACCCCUCCCACCAGCCAGCACAGACCCCGUCGUCCUAACCGCCCAAGAAUCCUCCCCGAGCGUCCUCUUCCCCUCUUUCACCGCCACAACAGCCUGGACCUUCGGCCUCAGUCUCCGCGAACGGAUCCUGUCCCUCCCAUCCUCCCAGCGUCGACCCGCCCUCAUCUCCAUCUCCCUGGGCGGCGCAUACCCAUCCCCCCACGUGGUCUUCCAGUGCGCGACGGAGCCGGGCACGGUCGCCGAUAAUGAGGAGUGGGUGAGACGGAAACGCGCGACUGUGUUACGGUGGGGGGUGUCCAGUUGGUUGAUGAGGAGGAAGGUGCUUGCUGGGUUGGAGGCCCCGGGAGAUGGGGCGAAGGAAAAGAGGGAGAAGGAGAAGGAGGUGGAGGGGGUGUUUGUGAGGAAGUUUGCGCUGAAGUCUGGUUCUGGGGGCGGGGGUCCUGCGGAUGAUUAUGCGAUUCAUGGGGGUGGGUUUCCGGUUAGGGUUACGGGGGUGGAUGGGGUUGUAGGUGUUAUUGUUGUUAGUGGGUUGAGGCAGGAGGAUGAUCAUCAGGUUGUCGUUGAGACUGUUAGGGAGUUUGUUGGGAAGUCUUGA